UCGGUCAAAAAUGGCGAAGCAUCAUCCCGAUUUAAUCUUCUGUAGAAAACAACCGGGUGUUGCCAUUGGAAGAUUAUGUGAAAAAUGUGAUGGUAAAUGUGUAAUAUGUGAUUCCUAUGUCAGACCAUGUACUCUAGUUCGUAUUUGUGAUGAGUGUAAUUAUGGUUCAUAUCAAGGAAGAUGUGUAAUAUGUGGAGGUCCUGGAGUUUCAGAUGCCUAUUAUUGUAAAGAAUGUACAAUUAUGGAAAAAGAUAGAGAUGGAUGCCCUAAAAUUGUCAACUUAGGUAGUGCAAAAACAGAUUUGUUUUAUGAAAGGAAAAAAUAUGGUUUUAAAAAGAGAUGAUUUUAUGUGUUAUUCCAAUUUAUAAAUCAUUUUAUCAACUAACAUAACACUUUGUUUUACAUGUAUCACUCAAAUGAAAGACAUUUCAUCAUAGAAAAACUCUUUUACAUUAUCUGUGUAAUUUUCAUAUUUGUAUAUAAGUAGGUAUAUGUUAUGUCUGUCAUUUGUAAUAAACGAAUAGAAAUAUCAAA